UGCGACAUCUUCCAAUAACCGCAAAGAUUCCACAAAACAACAUUUCCUCGCACAGAACGAUAUCAGCAAAAUGAAAAUCUUCGAGCUCUGUAUCUGCGCUUUAGCAUGUAUUUCUCUUACUUCAUCUAUGACUAUAAUAAGUCAAUUAGACAGUAAAGACGGUAAUGACGGAUUUUCAAAUUCCUGUCUUAUUGAAGCUGGUAUGAACUAUGAUGAUGGUUAUGACUUAAGAGAUAUUUUAAAUGAUAAUAUUGAAAAGCCUGAAUUUCAAGAAAGAACACAAAAGCAUGGUUGUGUCAUUGAGUGCCUCCUAAGAAAACUGAAUUGGAUGGAAGGGUCAGAACUUAAGGAAGAGAAGUUUUACGCGGAUAUGAAUAAAUUAUUUGCUGAUCAUCCCUUGCAAACCCAAGCAGAAGAAUUUAUACGUGAUUGUGUUACAAAAGUAAAACAUGCUCCGCAAGAAGGAUGCAAGAAAGGUGUUGUAGCAAUGAAAUGUGGCGUAAAAAUUGCAGACAGACUCUAUUCACUAUUGAAUGUAGAGGAUGGUAACCAUUAAAUACAACUAAAUAUCUACAUAUAUGUAUAAUAUGUAUGUAUAAAAAUUAACAAUUAUUCUUUAAGAACAGAAUACAAUUUUAAUA